CUACCUUUGUUUAACCAAUUGAAAUACAUUUAAAGGGUCACAUGAUUCCUCACAAACAACUCACUGCUUUGAAAUGGUCAUACUAAAAGGAAUCCCGUCCGUACUUACGCCUGAAUUAUUGUAUGUUUUGGCGCAAAUGGGCCAUGGAGAUGAACUUGUUCUUGCAGACGCAAAUUUUCCUUCCUCAUCUAUUUGUAAAUGUGGUCCAGUGGAGAUCAGAGCAGAUGGUGUAGGUAUACCAGAACUUCUGAAGGCAAUACUGAGGCUUUUUCCUCUUGAUACCUAUGAUGAUUCGGCAGCUGUCAUGGAUCUUGUGCAGAGUGACAAAUUGAAGGGCCUGAAAGUGCCGGUAUGGGACCAGUACUCUGACCUCCUGAAACAAGCAGGAUCAGAUGGUAACUUCAAGUUUGUUGAGCGUUUUGCAUUUUAUGAGCGUGCCAAGAAGGCAUUUGCUGUAGUAGCAACUGGGGAGACUGCACUGUAUGGAAAUCUCAUAAUCAAGAAAGGUGUCAUUCCGCCUGCUGAACUGUGCUGAAGCAAGGCUGCUUGGUACAGUUUUUCCAGUGUCAGAGAUAUUACACCAAAAUUCCUAUAGAUAAGGCACAUAGAAAAUAACUUUAUAUAAGAAAGAUUGUAUAUAUAAAAAGGCAUGUUAUUAAUUUAAUGCCAUCUGUUUAGAUUUUGAUUACAAAAAUUACUGUUCAUAAUUUUUCUCAAAAUUUCAAAGAGUUUUCUGUUAAUACUUUUUGUAGCGUGAUGUAAAAUAAGUAAAAAUACACUUCCUCUAAUACAUAAUUAUAGAAAAGCAUACAAUAAAAUAAAAUUUGAAAAUGCA